GAGCGGACUUUUGCGACAACUCAACACGACGAUCUGCUAGCUCGUCCUCUGCUCAUGGCGCCUGUUCGGCCAAGUAGACUGUCGCGUGUCGACACGUCCAUCGACUCUCCAAACGGGUCAUUUGAUGUCCUCGCCAUCUACCGCGACCAUCUUGAGAGAGACCCAGACAUCACCAUGCCACUUGCGGCUAUAUCUGCACUCCUUGAGGUGCUCACAAAAACCAACGCCUCAACAGUGUCUGAGUUCACUGACAUCUUGAAGCGUGGAAAACGCAUCUUGAUCGAUGCUGUACCGAAUGCCUACUCGCUCCAAGCAGGUUGCGACAUCUUUGAAGCAUUCAUUGGCAAGAGUCUACGAGAUGUUGAGGAUUUCGAUGAAACAAAAGCGCAUCUCGUGGCCAAUGGUCGUCUCUUCAUAUCGCGUGCCCGUGAAGCGCGUGUCAAGAUUGCAGAGAUUGGUGCAAAGUUUGUGAAGGAUGGGUCAACGGUGUUGAUUCACUCUUAUUCUCGCGUCGUGUUGGCAGUCCUGACGCGUGCAGCUGAAGAGAACCGUCGCUUUCGAGUCUUCAUCACAGAAUCAAGACCAAAUGGAUCAGGACUCAAGUCGAAGCGUGUUUUGGAACGCUAUGGUAUUCCUACAUGCAUGCUGCUGGAUGUAGCUGUAGGCUACGCCAUGCCCCUAUGCGACAUGGUCCUUGUGGGCGCCGAGGGCGUUGUCGAGAAUGGUGGUCUCAUCAAUCAAAUUGGUACGCAAAACGUCGCUGCAUUGGCGAAACGAGAGGGCAAACCCUUCUACUGUGUUGCCGAGUCCCAUAAGUUUGUGCGGAUCUAUCCACUCUCGCAGUUUGACCUCAACAAGAGCGAUCCUGUGCUUGAGUUUUCUGAUCCGCCGUCGCGGUCACAGGCAGGCAGUGCACUCGGUAGUGCGCUUGGUACACCUGCGUUACGAUCCAGUGAGGAUGCCUUUGCCAAAGCACCGCCAGGGAAUGGCUUCUUUGAGGAAGGUAUUAAAGUGACGAGCAGUUCUGCAGACGUACGGAAUGAGCAUGUCAUGUCACUUGAUGAUAUUUGCAACAAUCCGAGCUUGGAUCUGACACCGCCAGAAAUGAUUACGGCGCUGGUCACAGAUUUGGGUGUAUUGAAUCCGAUGUCGGGCGUUUCUGAGGAGCUCAUUCGACUGUGGUAUUGAGUCAGACGGUCGUUACAUAACUCGGCACCGUAUGACGUGCUGAUUUGGCCUUGCUCAUGCUCAAAGAUCAGGUGUCAAGUAGUAGUCGAAAGUUGACGAAGCUGACGACUCGACGGCAGCUGUAAGGAGGCCUGCCUGGCCCUUUUAAGUCCGCGGCGUUUAGCGAACUGGAAGCGAGGCGGAGGCAGCGUCUCUCAUGAAGAGCCAGAUUCUUACUUGCUAUGAGCAUUUUCAUACGACGUUCAGCAUCUAAUCUUCUCAAUGCAGCAUACGACUCGUCCUCCUUGUAACUUUGUAAUGUC